GGUGUCGACCUCCGGCCGCUUUGAAUGCACCAUCGGUGUCUUUCUGCUGUCAUUGUGACUGCUCUGAAAAGCACAUGUUGUUUUUGGACUGCUCUUUAAAGGGACGUAUGCUGCCAUGAGUGCUUUUUAUCGCAUGGUUCAGAGAGGACUGCUGAGCGGCCGGCCGUCGUGUCGUUUAUUUGCUGGACAGCAGGAUGUGUGCUGGAUGGCUCCCCCAUUCCGAACUGCCAGUUCAUCCAGUCCUGUCAGCUUGACUUACGAUGUCUUCGAUGGAAAGGGAGAGAGCACUCCCCUGGUGUUUCUACAUGGCCUUUUUGGCAGUAAAUCUAACUUCCAUUCAAUAGCCAAGUCCUUAGUGCAGCGCACAGGCCGCAAGGUGUUGACUGUAGAUGCUCGUAACCAUGGCACCAGCCCUCACAACCCUGUGCUGACCUAUGAAGCGAUGAGCAGUGAUUUGAAACACCUCCUCAGCCAGCUGCGCAUCGAGAAGUGUGUCCUCAUUGGCCACAGCAUGGGUGGGAAGACGGCCAUGACAACGGCUCUGAUGCAGCCUAGUUUAGUGGAGAGGUUGGUGGUAGUGGACAUCAGUCCUGCUCAGUCCCCCACACGCACCAACUUCCACUCUUACAUCCGGGCCAUGCAGCAGAUGAAGAUCUCCAGUGACAUCCCUCGUUCCACUGCCAGGCGGAUGGCUGAGGAUCAACUGCGCAGUUUGGUCAAGGAGCACUCGGUGCGUCAGUUCCUGCUGACUAACCUGGUGGAACAGAAUGGACACUAUAGCUGGAGGGUCAACUUGGAGGCCAUUGUAGCACACCUCGAUGAAAUCAUGAGUUUCCCCAGCUUUGACACUAUCUACGAAGGACCAACGCUGUUUUUGGGUGGAGCAAGUUCUGCUUAUAUCAGCUCAGAGGAUUAUCCAGAAAUCCAAAGGCUGUUCCCCUAUGCUGACAUCCAGUAUAUUCCAGAUGCCAGCCACUGGAUACAUGCAGACAAACCCUUAGAUUUCAUCAGCUCCAUCAUCUCUUUCCUCCAGUCUUAGCUGCCUCCAGCCUGCGCCUCAGAACUUUUUAGUGCUCAGCACCUCUGAGCGUCCCUUUGCCGAAAACUGAAGAUGAGAAUUCACCAGCUUCAGCGCAGGCGAGUGGAGUCAUUACUGAUGCUAAUAUUUGCCAACACUGGACCAAGCUCUCCCCUGCAGUACUCAGUGUUUUUUUUUUUAAUUUUGAAUUAGUUAAGUGUGGUGUAGAUUGAAGUUUUUUAUUCUGUUUAGUCUUUAUGCCAGACAGGUAGUGCUAAUAGAUUAGCUAUUUUAUAGAUGUGUUUUUUGUUUAUUUCUUUCUUUAGGUUGAAAAUAGCAGUGAGAUCUCACCACUUUAACAUAGUGGGACUGUAUUUGAAGGUGAUUUACUAAUCCAAAGAAAUUCUCAUUUCACUGUGUUUUUUUUUUUGUUUUGUUUUGUUUUGUUUAUGCAUUUAUGCCCCAUAUAAUGGAAAGGUGGCUCCUGGCUAAAUUCAGUCUGGGACUGCUGGAGUGGACCAGUAGUAAGAUAUUGGUUAUGAUAGCUAAGUAAUUAGAGCACUUUGAAACAAAUACUGUACACCUAUGAAGCUCUUUUUGGAUAUAAGGGAGGUAUGUGUGAAUUAAAACUUGUCAGCUCUCUGCAGAGGCUGAAGUUCACUACUGUAGGUUUGUCGUGGGAAGUUAUUUACAUGUUAAUAGUGGUUUAUUGGAAUUUUUUCUCCUUCAUAUAUCUGCUUUAUGUCAAACACGAACAUAAAGAAUUACAGGUUGGUUGCUUUGUCAAAGCUCCAUGCUGCUGAGACUGCUGGUUACAUUUCUAUGCUAACAAUAAUGUAUAAAAACCUGCCUGAACCUCUCCAAUGCAGUAUUAGCACAAAACUGUUUCCUGAACAUCUCAGGUUACAACUGGACAUGCUAGUUAUUAUACUCUUCUGUUAUUCUUUCGUAUCUCUGGCAACAAGCUGUGGUGAUGUCGUCGUGUCUUUGUACUUGAUCAGUCCUUUCAGUGUUUGAUGAAACAAUGUGUUCUACCAGUUUACUAUCCGUAUCUCACUUAUCUUUACAAAUAAGGCACAAGGCUAUAUGGCUAUAUGGGAACAUUACAAAUAUAUGCUGCAAAGUACUUAUCUGACUGUAAUUGUGUUAAUAUCAUUUCAGUCUCCAUGGGGUUGAAAGUUUGGUCUAUCAGUGAAACUGCCAUCUGUUUUAAUAUGCAGGGUGUUUUUUGUUUGUAUGUAUGUGCCUCUUUUAUCAAGAGCUACUUCUCCAUUCAGUAG